AUGCAAGUCACCUUCGCUCUGUCAAAUUUGACAGGACGAGCAAAGACUUGGGCAUUACGGCUCAAGCUUCACGACCCAAACGUGUUCGAGUCGAUGAAAAUUUUAAAGACUCGGCUCAAAGAGACGUUUGAGCCACCGAGAGCCGAGUCCAGAGCACGAUCUGCACUCCUGAGGCUAAAGCAAGGUAAGCGUGACGUGCACGCUUACGCACAGCACCUGCGCUACCUUGCAAGUAGCGUUGUGGACUACCGUGAUGAUGAGCACGCGCUCAUCAACGUGUUCAUCUACGGCCUUGUGGAUGAGCCGGUGAAGACCUACAUGUUCCAAGAGGAUUUCCAUGCGCUGGAAAGGGCAAUAGCGUAA